AUAGUUGAUGAUGUCUGAUGAAUCACAAAGGGUUGUUGUGAUCCACCAUGCAUCUAGAGACUUCAGUGCAAGAGCUCUUAAAUGGGCCAUUAAUGGCUUUUCACUUGAGCAUGGAGAUAGCCUUACACUUGUUUCAAUUCUUCACCAUGUAAAAAGUCCAACUAGUGCCAAAUUUCGGGCAAUAUUUGGUAGUGAUCAAAAUAUUGUUUAUGAAGAGGUUGCCAAGAAGAAAGAAAAGAUGUAUAAUAAUGCAUGCAUCAAGAAAAUUAUUGAUAAGUGUCAAACACACAAGAUUCAGUUCUUGAUAGAAGUUCUUCCAGGAAAAUUACCAGAGCUUGCUAUAGAUGCUGCCAUUCGUUUGAAAGCAACAUCAGUUAUACUUGAUAGAGACAUGAAGAAAUAUAAGAAGGAUUUCAUGCAGAGUCUCUCUUGUGCUUUGCUUAUAAUCAAACGUGAUAACUCCAUUAAGCACUUGAAAGGGCCAUGGAAAACAAUGAUUUCUUUUAGAGGAUAUGACAAUGAAACUUUUGAAAAAUGUUCUGAAUCCUCACCAAGUUUAUGGAGCAUGACAAACGCCGUUUUCCGCUCGAAAUCGAGCUGUAAUCUUACAAAGAUAGUUUGUCAUCAAAUUCAUUGUCAAAUAAAACAAACUCCUGAAGAUAGAGAUCUAGAUAUGGCAAGAGGUUAUUGCCUAUUACCUAGUGCUCCUGAAAUGUAUCACAAUGAGACAAAAAUUGGACAUAUUAGCAACCAUGAAUCAUAUCAUAUAGUUGAAAAAUUCAAAAAUUCUGUUUGUUCAGUGUGUGAGAACAAAAGGCCAAAAUUUGAAUUGAUGAAAGAAUACACAUAUGUCGAGCUGCAUGAAGCAACGCAUGGUUUUUCGCCGAAGAAUUAUUUAUCGGAAGGUGGAUUUGGUUCUGUUUAUUGUGGAAAGCUACACGGACUAAAGAUUGCGGUUAAGAAACAUAAGUUUGCAAGUCUUCAAGGAGAGAAGGAAUUCAAAUCUGAAGUUAAUGCACUAAGCAAAGCAAUACAUGAAAAUGUGGUCAUGUUGUUAGGAUCUUGUUCUGAGGGAAAUAACAGAUUUCUUGUAUAUGAAUUUGUUUGCGAUGGCUCACUUGAUCAGCAUUUAUCGCAACAUUCUAGAAAACCUCUUAAUUGGCCAGCCAGGAUCAAAGUGGCUAUUGGAGCUGCAAAAGGCUUGUUGUAUUUGCAUGAGAAUAAUAUAAUACACAGAGAUGUGAGACCAAGUAACAUUCUUGUUACACAUGAUUAUGAAGCAAUGCUGGGAGAUUUUGGACUGGCUAGAACUGAACAAAUGGACUCAGUGUACUCAACAGAUGUUGUUGGAACAUUAGGGUAUAUGGCACCAGAAUAUGCAGAAUCUGGUAAAGUAUCAACUAAGUCAGAUGUGUAUUCUUUUGGAGUAGUGCUUCUUCAGUUAAUAACAGGAAUGAGGACAACAGACAAAAGGAUUGGAAACAAAAGUCUUGUGGGAUGGGCUAGGCCACUACUGAAGGAAAGGAACUAUCCAGAUCUAAUUGAUGAAAGGAUGAUGGAUACCUAUGAUUGUCAUCAGCUUUUUUGGAUGAUUCGUCUAGCAGAAAAAUGUCUCACUAGGGAUCCUCGAAAGCGAUUAUCAAUGGAUACAGUGGUUAGUGCAUUAACUCAUAUAGUAGAAGGCAACACAUGUAGCAUGGUACUAAGAGACUGUUCACCAGCACGGUCAGAUUCAUCCUAUGACAUGUCAGAAUCUCUUUUAUCAGAAGAUGUCUCUCCAGAAUUAGAAGAAGAAGAUGGAAUCGUCUGUGUAGGAUGUAACGCAAUUAAUUUACGACCUCCACCAUCUCCUCCUUUAGGAAGUACUUCAUGGAGUACAACAAGGCACAAGUAUGUAUAUUCACAAGGCUGAAUGAAUCAAUGGGUCUUAUCCAACUGGGUUACUAUAUGUUAAACCAUUAUUAUCUCCUUUUUCUAAUUCUAGGUUAUUUAAAUAAUGUUGCUUCUAUUUUGUAUGUUCCUUCACUUCACAUAAAUAAAAAUGUUUCUAAUAUUAGAAUAGAUAAUUACAUCAAACUUUGUUGUAAGCAUAGUUUUCUUUAUUUGGCUCUUC